AUGAGGGAAGGAGCGGUCUCUUUCAAUCAAAAUAGCAAGAGAUCAAGUAUCUCGUAUCUAGUUGCAGGGGGGCGUGGCCAAGACCAGCUGACUGCCCCCUUCCACUCGGCCUUUCUUCGCUGUGUGAAUAAGUCUCAUUCGACAGCUAAAAUUCAUGCUUUUGACGUAGCAUCGGGAGUUCAAUUGGAAAACCUUUCUAUAGUGCCCCAUGUUCCUAUGAUAUCCCAACCCGAAAUAUUAAGCUUUUGCUGUGCCAUUGAGAAAGCUAAGCGCACCUUUGACGAUAGGCCACCGCACCAGGAGCUUAGCCAUGUGUGGACCGAAAUGGGCCCGCGAAGCCGGUUACCGGAUGAUCAACAGGACCUUACUAAGGAGUCAAGCGAUCAUCCGAAGACCUUCCAAGAUCCUCAGCCAAGGCGGAGGAGCUAUGAGAACGGCUCUCCCACUUAUGGUAACCAUUGCCAACCAAGUCUAGAGGUUCCAACGGUGGGCAGCGGCCGUGGUGACCGCCCCAGGUGGCUGUUCAGUCGCCCCCGAGCAUAUCUAAGAAAACUGCUCUUGCCUCUAUCCCUAGGCCUUCUUUCUCCUAAUAAGAUCCGAAUACUGACUCGAGGAAAAGAGGCCAACCUUGCUUACGGGGAAGGUUCGGUAGAACGCGGGUCUCCAAAACCCGAUGUCGUAGGUUCAAAUCCUACAGAGCGUGAUUCUUUCUUCGUAGAUCAAGAAGCCUAUAAGCUAUGUAAGCUAAGAUGGGGAGAGCGCUUUCUCCCCGACGGCUUCUCGAAUGAUCACUUACUACGUAAAAAGGCGAAGAAAAUUGGAACUAGACCAGAUAGCUCGGUGGAAAGGAUAAAGCCAAAACUCUUUCUUUUUUUUUCUAUAUGGUUCUUUUGGCUUGGCCCAAGCAUCACGAUCACGGGAUAUGCUGCAGCCGGUCCGGGAUGCCGAUGGAAUAUUUUAACAUCUCAAGUUGGUUCAUCCAACCAGAAUAGUUUGGGUCUCGUUACGCUGUCUUGGAUGUUGAGCCUACGUGCGAUGAAAGGGAUGAAGAUGAUGCUAUGCAGACUGACAUAUCGGAACAAACUAUUAAGAGCCUCUCCAGCUGGCGUCCAUGAUAAUAUCCAGUGUGUUGUGGAAGACCAGAUGCGCUCUUAG